UCAGCACUCAAAACAAAUAAAUAAAAAGGUGUCGAUUAUCAAAACCCAGGUACAAAAUCGACCCCCGCGGAAACGAAACAAUACAUCAAUUGACAAUAUGGGGUUCCUAGACUUUAUUGGCGUCUCUUUCUCCGAGCGACCGAAAACCGUAGAUAAUUUUGAUGUAGAUCGAUUUAUGGUAGAUCAUCGUGUGCUCUACGCUACACUCACGCCUAAGGAUAAGAACGCGCACAAUCCAAUGGAAUGCUACACCAAGGAUGUCAGCGGAACUAUACAUUUAACAUACAAAUUCAAUGAAGAAUCAUUCGAUGGCCCUGAGAAAGUGAUGCGAGGGAAAGCCUGGCCAACAGACAUCUCGAGCUUUUGGAAGCUACAAUUUGUGUGGCCGUUCAAGGCAGAUUAUUUGGUUACCUACCAGAGUGACGAUAAGAACCUCACUGUUGUCACCGUCCCGUCUAAAGACUAUGUGUGGUUAAUGUCGAAGAACGGUUAUGAAAAGGAACUGGAAGUUAAAAAAGCUCUGAACUGGCUGACGGUGAAUGGUUACCCGAUGGAUGAUGUGAAGAAACUCCCAAGGAAUGACAUGGUGUACAUAUAGACAUAAUUGCGUCCAAUAUACUGAUUUAAAAAUAACGAACAUGUCAGACAAAGUAAUAAAAUUUGUAAAUAGUCGCGUA